GUGGAGUUACCAAGACACUAUUCCGCCUGAAGGAGUUCCAAGUGCUGGUUUUGGUAGGAAAUGGAUCGCUUGAAUGGCAAUUCCUGACAGAUGCUGCUAUUGUGCGUUGAUGAUUUAGAGCGUUAGCUACUUCGUCGCAAUUGGAUAUUUCCUGGCAGUCUUCUUUGGCGCGGCUUCAACGCCUCUCUAGCCCACCAUGUAGCCAAUUCCUCCUCAUCACAUGCUCGCUCUCCAAGAAUCAACUGGCGAAGCCCAACUCGCUGUUCGAUUCUCAGUUACAGCUAGUAGCUGUUACGUAGCGACAAGGCUAAAGCUGUAACCUUGAACGCAUUAUCCUUCUGCCUAGCGCGCUCAUAUUCGUUCGCCUGCCUACAACUGCAUCACCCAGGAUCUGCUUCGCAGCAUCACAACAGCCAGAAUCGAUAGCCUUUCGAGUAUGGUGGUAUCGUCUCAAUCCGCUGCCACAAUGCGGGGCAAGGGACCGAAGAAGCCCUCCGCGAAGAAGGGAAGCGCGCCUCCCGCCGUCUCGAACUUCGGCAUCAAGCACUUCUUCGGUAAGUGGGCCGCGACGCGCGGAGCAACCGCCGCCGCUGACGCCACGCGUGCGGCUCCCACCUCUCGAGCAACGGUGGCUGACACCGCCUCCGGCGCGCGGACAGAUGGCGCUGGGGGGGGUGACACAGGAGCAGUGCAAGAAGCGGUAGUUGCGCGACAGGAAACGGCGGGGAAGGAAACGGCGGAGAAGAAAACGGCGAGGAAGGAAACGGCGGGGAAGGAAACGGCGGGGAAGGAAGUGCCGCAGCUAAUGUCGACUGUAGCGAGAGAAGCAGCUGGAGCAACGGUACGAGCAACGGUACGAGCAACGGCAGGAGCAACGGUAGCAGAAAAGAGGACCUCCGUGUCUUCCGUGGCCGAUCGUGGUGACACGGCUCCGAUUGGAAUAGCUACUAGAAGUAGCGGUCACCGUGCCCCGGCCAAGUCUCCCAUUGUUCCUUGCGAUCUUGCGACAGCUAGAAACGGUGGCCGAAACGGCAAGGUUGGCGACAGUGCAAAGCCCGUGGUUACCAUCGGAGCUGCGAUUUGUGUGAAGCCGGAGGAACCUGGACUGACGGAUGAGAUUUCAUCCAAGAAACGGCGUCGUACGGAUGAGCUGGACGAGAUGGGGGAACGCGUGCAGGCUGAGUCAGCAGGCUUGCAUGCUGAGUCAGCGGCCGUCCUGGAUAGGCUAGCGACAAGGCCUGACGAAGAAGGUAACCCAGAAAUCCCUGUCGUGAAGGAGGAGGCGAAUGCAGAGAGGGCGAAGGCAAGCUAUAAGGAGACGGGGGAGAAUCAAGGUCAGGUAGAGGAGAAGGGGAAGAAUGGUACUCCACCUGCUGCUCUCCCCUUGAGCAGCCUGCUCGCCUGCAGCUCGAUUGGCAGGAAGCGGACGGAGAAGGGCCAGGAAGAACAGGAUGCGCGGGAAUCCACUGUAACGGAUGCUGGUGGUCUUCCUCGCGUGAGUCACAACGGCUACAGUCAAGACAGACACAGUCACAACCACCACAAUGGUGGCGAGGAGAAGGGUUUAGGCAAGGAACCAAAGGGAUCCGCUGUGCUUGGCGUGAGGGCAGAGGCACUGGCGUUGAAUGGCGCUACGGGCGAUGGUGGUGGUGGUGCGGAGAAGGCCCCAGUGGGUCGCACUCGAAGAAUGAGCGUGAAGAGACACAAGGGAGUGCUGAAGAUCCUGGACGAGCUUGAAGCCAGCAUUGUGAGAGGCGCUGGUAAAACCGCCACUGCAACCACCUCUCUUGCCAAUGGGAAGAGCAGAGACAGUGGGGCAGUGGAUGUGGGACUCAAAGUGCGCAUGGCAGAUACAGACGCAGCAACAGCAGCAACGAUGGAUGCAGGAGCGUCAAGUGCACAGAGGCAGGCGCUUCAGCGACUCUCUCCCAACCACAGUGUUGCCCUGCCUGUUGCUGCGGAUGCUGCUGCUGCUGACGUUACAGUUAAUGAUGUUAAUGCUGCUGCUGCUGCUGCUGCUCCCGCUACCACUGCUGGUGGUGCUGCUGAUGCUGCCACUGCUUGUGGUGCUGCGGAUGUUGCUGCAAAUGCGAACCUCCAAGUAAGUGAAUGCGGGGCGGCAGAAGGAGCAGGAGCAGUGGGCCCAGACAAGCAAAGUGCUGAGGCGGAGGCGUGCGCAUGGGCAACGAGGGUGAUGGAUGGUGGGGUGGAAGAGGAGGAAGAAUCUCAAUUGAUGGAUUGUAUCGGGGAGGGGGGUGCGAAAGUAGUGCUAUUGGGGGAAGAAGUGGAAGCGGAUGAAAUUGAGGAGGUAGACUCGAUGAAGGAAGGUGGGGAGGGGAGUGGCAAUGAAGGGAUCGGCUUGGGGGUGGAGGAGGAGAGGAAGGAGGAGAGGAAGGAGGAGAAGGAGGAGAAAGAGGAGAAAGAGGAGAAGAAGCCAGGAGUUGAGCAGGCGCAACAGGAGUUGGCGGAGGUUGAAGGGCAGAUCUGUGGGCUACACUUGAGCCGAGAUACCAAGCCGGUUGGAUCACUGCAAUUGAGGGAGGAAGAGCAGCGGCGGCAGCUGUUGCAGCCGCAGCAGGAGCAGCAGCAGCAGCAACAGGAGCAGAAGAGGCAGAAGCAGCAGGAGUUAAUGGAGGACUUCUUAUCUGAAAUGGAUGCCUGUGAGUGGGCCAUGGCGAUGGAGGAAGAGCAGCAAGGACAGGGACACGAGACCAGAGUUAACGAGCUUGUGCAGGGUGCUGCAGCCGAGAAGGAGGGUCAUAAUCGGAGACAAGGGGAAACGAAGGAGGAGGAGAAGGAGUGGGGAGGAGUGGAGGAGAAGAGGGAAGGAGGAGGAGAGGAGAAGCAGAUCAAGUGCACUGCUGCCACCAUGGAGCAUGCUUUCGUGCUGGAGGUGUGGGAGGAGCCCUUCAGCACUGUCAAUGCCCGUGGCAUCGCGGCGGUGCAGCAUCAAAAGGUGCUGUGUGUUCGCAUGCGUGCCCAAUCUCACCCCCCCGUGCGAGUGCUACUGCGGGACGACUGGCUUGACGUGCCUGUAUCAGCCGGUGUCACAGUAGCACUUAUUGGCGGGCAAGAGCAGGCAGCAGCGGGAGGAGCGGCAGCAGGAGCAGCAGGACCAACCUCAGGAGCAGCAGCAGGAGGAGCAGCAGUGAUGCCCGUGCCUGCUGCUGCUGAAGCUACAGAUGAUGCAGCAGCAGUGGAAGGGGCGGAUAAGGUGGUGGUGGUGGACAUUAAUAACGGCAUGCUUAUCCUGCAUCCAGACGUCCUUAUCUCCGGCUCUCGGGUGGGGGGCAGCUUUGCGUGUGGGCGAAGGGCAGUGGUGGAGGAGAGGGUGAGGCAGAGGGACGUCACAGCGCCAGCACUGCGAGGAACAAUGCUGCAUCAGCUGGUGCAGGUGGCGUUGCAGCAUGAGGUGGGAGCGUCGCUGGCAGCACGGCACCUGGAGGAGGCAGCAGUUGCCAUCAGCCAAUCACACACGGACUCGCUCUUUGCACUUGCCAAGGACGAGUCCUGGGCGUUGCAGCAGCUGCAGGAGGCAGUGCCGUCCGUGCUCUCCUGGGUCCAUCAGCUCCUAUAUCCCAAGUCUGGCGCCCUUGCGGCUGUGCCAUUUGGCAAUAGAGGCGAGCAGCGGCAAAUGCGACUGGCCAAGGUGGUGGACAUUGAGGAGACUGUGUGGAGCCCUAGACUGGGACUCAAAGGGCGCCUGGACGUAUCUGUGUGCGUGGCAGUGCGCAAAGGGGGAGCGCAAGCUGGGGGUGGAGAGGAUGGGGACGGGGAGGAGAUGGUGAUGAUGCCUCUGGAGGUGAAGACAGGAAGGAGUAGCUCCAAUCAGGCGUCCAUAGAGCACAGGGCGCAGGUGAUGCUGUACUGCCUGCUCAUGGCAGAGCGGUACCAGCAGGGGGUCAGUGCGGGGCUGCUGCUCAACCUGCAUAACACCGCCACCAGCGGCAUUCAAGUGAGUCGUAGGGAGCUGGUGGGGUUGAUAAUCAGGCGGAAUAUUCUCGCCAACGACUUGAAGAGGGCGUCGGCCUAUCAGGAGCUGCCACCUGUACUUGAGAGUGUGAACCAGUGCAACAACUGCAGCCAGUUCGACGUGUGCUCGUCAUACUUCAAGCUUCAGGACCACCCACAUCCUGCGUCCGACCCAUCAGCAUUCGCAGAGGAGGUGGCAAAGAGGCGGGGCGAGGAGUGGGGCCCGCAGGAUGCGCAGUUCUUGAGCCACUGGGAGCGACUGGUGGACAUGGAGACAAGCGGAGCAGAGGCCUCCCAUGCCGACAUCUGGGCCAUGCCCACAGAGGAGAGGGAGGCCACUGGCCGCUGCAUUGGGCCCCUGCAGCUCGCGUCAGUCAAACCACCAGAGGGGGUUACCGAAGCAGGUGGAGGAGCGGGAGGAGCAGCAGGUGUGGGUAGUAGCCAAGUGGUGGGCACAGCAACGGCAGCCGUGCUAUCGGAUGGGCGGAUAGGGCAGCUGAGGGACCAGUGGGAGUAUACGUUCAAGCGAGCCUGGAGCAUACACAAUUGCAGCAGCAGUAUCAGCAGCAGCCCUGGUGGGGGUGCUGGUGGUGGGAGUGGGAGUAGAAGGCUGGACCAGACAGGCUUUGCUGCUGGGGAUUAUGUGAUCCUGAGCACUGUAUCGGGGCAUGCUGGAGUGGCCACUGCCACCGUCACUGCUGUCACACCCCAUAGCAUCACUAUGAGCGCGCACCGCCAGUUGCGGCUGCCCAGCCGAAGCGGAGCAGGGGGCGAGGAGGAAGGGAGGCGGCUGUGGAGUGAGAGGUGGAGGGCAGACAAGGACGAGAUGGCAGGAGGGGGGGGCGGGCAGCUCAGAUUCAAUCUCAUCGGCCUGUUUCUGCCUUCCGCUGAGAAUGACCGCCGGCGACGCCUGGUGGUGCACCUGCAGCCGCCCCAGUUCUCUCCUCCUGAGGACAUCCAUCCGGACAGCAUGGCAUACCUCUCCUCCUUAUCACCCCGAGAGAUCAACGAAGACCAGAAGCAGGCGGUCGUCAAGGCCAUGUCAGCACAGGACUACCUGCUGGUGCAGGGCGGACCUGGGGCGGGUAAGAGCACGGCAGUGGUGCACCUGGUGAAGGCGUUAGCUGCAGGGGGGCGGUCGGUGCUGAUAGCUGCCCACACGAACACGGCUGUGGACCACAUUCUGCUGAAGCUCAUGAGAAAGGGUGUGUCAGUGCUGCGUGUGGGGCGGCCUGCAGCUGUGCACCCUGACCUGCUGCCAUACACCCUCAAUGACAGAGGAGGCGGCAUGGACGUGGGCAGUGUGGCGGGCAUGGAGGCAGUGGGGCUGGGGGCAUCUGUGGUGGGGUGCACGUGCCUGGGCGUGGGGCAGUCGCUGUUCUCCCGAAAGCGCUUUGACGUGGCUAUUCUGGAUGAGGCGGGGCAAACAACAUUGCCGGAGGCGCUAGGUCCGUUACGCCUGGCGUCUUCGUUUGUUCUGCUUGGGGACUUGCACCAACUUCCGCCUCUUGUCCGGCACCCCAGGGCUCGCGAGCUUGGGCUAGGAGUGAGUCUGCUGCAGCGGCUGGCAGAGGCGCAUGCCGGCGCCGUGGCGCAUCUGAGCACACAGUACCGCAUGUGCCGGCCGGUCAUGGACCUGGCGAACGCGCUCGUGUACGAGGGGCGGCUCAAGUGUGCGUCGGAGGCAGUGAGGGACGCCAGACUGCACCUGCCAAAGAUGGGUUCUCUCAUGGGGAAGGGGACUCUGCCUCUGUGGCUGCAACAGGUCAUUGAUCCAGAGAAGCGCCUCCUCUUUCUUGACACGGGCGAAGUGGAGGGCCUUCAGGAGAGCCGGGAGAAGGAGUCGACCUGCAACGAAGGCGAGGCAGCCAUUGUGGCUCGGAUCGUGGCCGCCCUAGUGGCAGCCGGCCUCCCUCCCUCCCACAUCGGCAUUGCAACCGUGUACAAUGCUCAAGUGAAGGCGCAGAGAGCAGCUCUGGACACAGUCAUGGGAAAAGAAGAAGGGUGCGGGGGGGAGGUGGAGGUGGAUACGGUGGAUCGGUUUCAAGGGCGGGACAAGGCGUGUGUGGUGUUCAGCACUGUGCGGUGCAACCGGCGGGGGCAGCUGGGUCCCGUGCUGGCAGAUGUGAGCCGGUGCAACGUCGCCAUCACGCGCGCUAAGGCCAAGCUGCUGAUCAUCGGCUCCAGCUCAACUCUCCGCCGAGGGUCCGCGCACUUCCUGCGACUGCUGCAGCUGGUGGACAGGGAUGGCCAACUGUUUGAGCUGCCAUCUCAUGCACUGAUGGACUGCAGCAGUGAAGCAUACGAGUUUCACCCAUAGAUGGACAUCUCACCUGCAGCACGCAGAUAUAUUAUUCAUUCAUUUCAUACCCCUCGACGCCCCACUGUGGCUGUGUGCGCUGUCAAGGCUCGACUACGGGUGUCUCAGUCCUUCGAGCAAGUGACACGGGGUCAUGCAAGUGAAGGGGCGCUCAAUCAGAGGCAUCUGACUUGACUUGAUGCAUGCGACAAGCUGUAACCUUGCUCCAGUGUUCCAUGAUGAUUCUUACACCUGUGCUCUUUAACGCAUGAAAUGUCCCAUCCACACCAC